AUGGUAGCGAGGUCAAACCAGGCCCAGCUGGCCCGGCCGGGACCAAAUAGGCCCGUAAAGUCCCCACUGCCGAGCUGCAGCAGGCCGGCCGGAGCACCGCCGACACCCAGCCACCGCCACCGCGACUUCUCCGCCUCCAGGGAGCACCGCCGACACCCAGCCAGACGCGGCAGCCCGCCCAGCCCCUCCGGGCCCCGCCUGGGCCCAGAUCUAGGCCUAGCAGGCCCUGCAUCCCGGCCGCCGGCCUCGCUCCGUCACCAAGGGCCGCGCCGCCGCGCCUCCUCCCACCCGACGCACGGAAAUCACGCCGUCGCGCCGGACCAGCGCCCGCCGAAGAACACCGCCGCCAGCCCGAGAUCCCCGCAUCCUCGCUGCGCCGCGGGUAGAGACACCCCCGCCACCGCCGGCACCGCACAGGCAAGGCCCGGCGGCUCAGGCCAGCGGCGGCGGCAGGGGAGAGCCUGA